AUGGGGAGUUUCUGGGUGCUUGUCGCCCGUCUCCUUGGGGUCACGACUCUAUCAGCCUAUGAGGGACUGGACCGCUCUCAAUCACCUUUGCAGCUCACAGAUUCACAUUCGCACGUUGAGACCAGCUUGGUAUCUACCGCAGCCAAAGAUCCUCUCCACUUCAGACCACCAGGCCACCGACAAGACAAAGGUGAUGGUUUCGACUUCAAAUGCGACUACCGCAAAAUGGUUGGAUGGGAAAAAUGCUCGACUCCUGAAGAUCGCUCAUGCUGGCUCGUCAACAAGAAGACAGGAGAAAGAUUCGACAUCAACACCGACUAUGAGAAUUAUUAUCCAACCGGUACAACACGCGAGUACUUCAUCACUGUCGACAAGUCGAACAUCACCGCCGACGGCUACACAUUUUAUGGAGCGACAGUUUUCAAUGAAACGUACCCAGGGCCUUGGAUCCAAGCAUGCUGGGGCGAUACUGUCAAGGUCCAUGUCCGUAAUCUCAAUCCGGACCGCGGUACCAGCAUUCAUUGGCACGGCAUUAGGCAGCUCAACACCAUGCACAUGGACGGUGUGAAUGGAAUCACCCAGUGCCCCAUCGCACCAGGGAGCACUUUCACCUAUGAGUGGAAGGUGAUGCAAUAUGGCUCCUCAUGGUAUCACUCCCAUUACAGUGAACAGUAUGGUGACGGGGCAGUCGGACCAAUUACUCUUCAUGGCCCGAGCAGCGCCCCCUAUGAUGAGGCGGCAGACAUCCCGCUCCUGAUGACAGACUGGAGACAUGGCAGUCUAUUUCCAGUUGGAAACAUGCUCGAGGAAAGAUGGAUCCAGAGCAUCUUGCUGAACGGGAUUGGGAACGUGACCAAAUUUGGGGCAAGGAAAGUUCAAAACACGAGUAAGAUUCCGAAGCCUUACACUCUUACGUUCACAGCGGACAAAGUGUAUGAGGAUGAGCCGCCCGAGCUCGAGGUUCCGAACUCACGUCCCAAACGAUACCUGCUGCGACUCAUCAACACCUCGAUUGGAUCCACUUUUAUCUUCUCCAUCGACAACCACCUGCUUUCCAUUGUCAGUGCUGACUUCGUUCCCAUUUACCCCUACCUCAACUCGUCGAUCCUGGUUGGAAUCGGCCAACGAUACAAUGUUAUUGUCGAAGCAAAUCCAAGGAACAACACCAAACAGCCCCUUGACAGCAACGAAAACUACUGGAUCAGAACGUGGGUCGCCCCGAACUGCGGUGCUGGUGUGGUCAUCAACAAGGACAGCAAGGAGACAUACAUGCAAACGGGUAUUCUGCGUUACAACAAGAGCAGUACGGAGGAUCCAGAAUCAAAACCAUGGACAGAUAUUUCCAUGGCCUGCUCGGAUGAGACUGCCACCAGCUUGAGGCCCGUGCUGCCCUGGGUUGUUGAGGAUCCGAUCAAUGUCAUGUCAACAGAAAGCAAGAUUCAGCACAUGGCUGUGAUCAGCGGCCCGCCGGCUGAUCCGAUUCCGAGUUUCCCCCAGGCCUCCUAUUCUUUCAGAAACGUAUCAGGGGGUAUCAAUGGCCCCAAUCCACUCCAGAUCAACUUCAGCGACCCAGUGUUCCUCAACCUGGACAACGACGAGCCGUUCAAGAACAAGCUCUGGGAAAUCUACCCCGAAGGACGCCCCAACCAAACCGACUGGGUAUGGCUAGCCAUCACCGUGGACUAUUCUCCUGAUGGAGAUACCAGUGCCCAUCCGAUUCACCUGCACGGACAUGACUUUGCUAUCCUCCAACAGGCCGAAAAAACCACCUACGUCCCUGAGAACAUCCAUCUGAACCUCAUCAACCCGCCUCGUCGUGAUGUGGUGCUGAUGCCUAAGAGCGGCUUCAUCAUCAUUGCCUUCAAGGCUGACAAUCCGGGCGCGUGGCUCCUUCAUUGCCAUAUCGCCAGUCAUGCCUCCCAAGGUCUGGCCCUGCAGAUUCUGGAACGUCAGGCCGAUGCUGCUGCCAGGUGGCCGAAGGCGAGUCCCGCUGCGCAGACUGCCGCCACGCUGUGCAGCAGUUGGGACUCUUGGGUUGCUGCGUCUUACACGUCCACGCCGACGCCUUUGCCUGAUGAUUCCGGAAUUUGA